UCCUUCCAAAUGGCUCUGUCCAAGAGCUGGGCUCUGUACCUCAGCACCAAGAACACAUCCUGAAGAACGUAUGACGGGCGCUUCAAAGACAUCUUCCAGGAGAUCUACGAGAAGGAAUACCGCGCUCAGUUUGAAGCUAAAGGCAUCUGGUACGAGCACCGUCUGAUUGGAAUGGUGGCUCAGGCCAUGAAAUCUGAGGGAGGCUUCAUCUGGGCGUGCAAGAACUACGAUGGAGACGUCCAGUCUGACUCUGUCGCACAAGGUUACGGCUCUCUGGGUAUGAUGACCAGCGUGCUGAUUUGUCCUGAUGGACGCACAGUGGAGUCGGAGGCCGCACACGGCACCGUGACACGCCAUUACAGGCAGCAUCAGCAGGGGAAAGAGACCUCCACCAAUCCCAUCGCCUCCAUCUUUGCAUGGACGCGGGGUCUGCUCCACCGGGCGAAGCUGGACAGCAAUACAGAGCUGCGAGUGUUCGCCGAGGCUCUGGAGGCCGUUUGUAUCGAGACCAUCGAGGCCGGUUUCAUGACCAAGGAUCUGGCUAUUUGCAUCAAAGGCCUGCCACACGUGACACGUGCCGACUACUUGAACACCUUUGAGUUCAUCGACAAACUGGCAGAGAACCUGAAGAUGAAGCUAGCCAACCAGCCCAAACUGUGAUCUCUCUCAGCUUCAACAGAUAUAUAAAAAUAAAAAAAACACGGACACACACACAUUCUAACACAUGCACACAGAGACAUCCACACCAACACAGGAAUCAAGGCUGGAGCUUGGAGGAGCCUGCUGUGACUCCAGGAGAUCUACAGACUGAAACCGGGUCGUUCCCUGACUCAUCGUGUAGUGUGCCUUUUUCAAGAAGGAAGGAGAACAGCGGCCAUCUUUCCUGCUAAUGUUUCACUAGAACACCUGAUGGCUCGGUGAGCUUGUGUUCCCUGAUUGCACUCGGCCCCUGCAGUGUGUGUGUCGUCAGUAUUUGUUGGUGAUCUGUGCUCGACAGGGGACGGACUCUGUCAGAGGGAUCCUUCAGACCCUCGCUGCCUUACUCGUUUUGUGUCACAGUCGUGCGUUCAUCCUCGUCUCUUUCUUUGUCUUGUGAUUUCUUUUUAAAAAUACCUCAGGCAACAUGAAACUUCACUCACGACAUGUAACAGUUAUUCAGCCCAGGAAACAUGAACUGACAUCACAUCUAAUCCGGGUUUCAGAUUCGACCUACACUAUUUUCAAACUCACACAAACACUGCUUUUAGAUUUUGUAUUCAUUUGACUGAGGUGUAUUUAUUUGUCCUCCUUUGUGUGUGUGUGUGUGUGUGUUGUGUGUGUGUUCACACCCUGCCAAAACGUCUCGUUGGUUUGUAAUUAACAUCAUGCAUGUUCUUUCUAAAGAUGCCAGCUCUUAAUAAAUGAGGUUUUUGAAGAAA